AUGGUUGCGCUGAAGAAAUUCUUUCAGCAGCAGGAGCAGGAUUCAUCGCGACCUUCAACAAGGCUUGGAUUGGCGAAUGAUGAGGCGGGUGAAUCUUUUUAUGGCACCCCGACGUCACCCACUCGAAAUCACCUCGAGCCGGACCGAUUAUCUGUCGCGCCGCCGUCACCAGGUCUCCCAUCGCCCGGUUCAAAAUCAUCGCAGUCUAUGGAUGUGUCUCAUCAUUUUGAUCAGAUCGACAAGCAAUUCGAAGAUCUGCACCAGCACAUGGGGGGCACGCGGCCGGUUUCUUCUCAGUCCCAGCUACCGCCUUCUGUCUCUACUAGCUUUGGAUUUCCCAGGUAUUCCAAUUCUAGGCAUAUCGACUUGAUGGAUGCUCUGUUCAUCUCUGGGCCAUAUCAAGAAACAAUCCCCACGCCUGCCUCGCCUCCCACUAGUCCUUACAAUGAAGAUGUCGCGGAACGAAACAUGACGAGAUUUCUUCGUAUCCAACAUCGAAAAGGCUUUGCCAGUUCUCGAAUAUUAUCUGCGUUAUAUCAAGAAGAUGUUGCGGACAGGAAUAUUGCAAAGUAUGGCGGUCAAACUCGCUCAUCGUCCGCACUGAGCUCUCGCUCAUCUCCCCCGGCUCCGGGUAGACGACGCGGCUUGAGUCCCAUGGGUUCAGACGGCAAGAGACGCGACUCGAGAAAUCUCAACCUGAAAAAGGGAAGCUGGAUGUCGGAUGGAGACCUUCGAAAUCGGUCUACUCCAGAUCGUUCCUCUGGUGCUUCGUCGCAGGCGUCAAACGCCAGCACCCUAAUACGCCUGCAAAGAUCAGCACCUACUCUGUCUCCGGAGGAGAAGGAUGCCGCUGAUAAUGAGCCACCCGCUGCUAUUCAGCGGUUGGGUGUCCCUCCUGCUUACAAGCAAGGCAAGCGAUGGAGCAACACUCCUUUGCCUGAUAGCCCGACAUUGCCUUUCCCUAUCAGCGAUGGUUCUGAGGGCAGCAGCAGUGCUGAAAGCCCUCCGGAAUUGCAAGCACCCGUUACAACUGUCCGAGCAUCAUCAUUAACUCCAAAGUCGCGUUCUCCGCCUCCUUCGUCGGGGUCGACCUCGAGAAAGAAUGUUCGAGAUCUUUCAAUCAAUACGCAAAUAGCCACUCAAGGACGGCCGAAGAUCUCGCAUCGUGCCAUUCAACCGCCGACUCCUUCCAAUUACGAAAUGAGGCGGGCUCCGAGCAUCGCGGAAGUUAUGAACAGCCCAUUGCCAGAACCCACUCCCAGUUCAGGUCAACCAUCGCCUCGCUUCAAGGUGUCUGAGAUGAUGGACCUCUUCAAGCAAGCGUACAUGUCUACUCAGGCUAUGAGCCCUCACCCAACAUACGAGACUUUGCAAGAUGCCAUCGUUCGCGAGAUUAAUUCCCAUGAUGCAUUUAAGCGCGUCCCUGUCCCUACUGCUGGUCCGCCUUUCACACCUUCGGAUCAGGACCGGUUCUCUCAUAGCUCGGGCUUAAACCGGAGUGCUUCUGCUGGUCAACUCUCUAAGAUAAUGAGGAAAGGCUCUUUUAGGAAACACAAGAGGAACUCCGAAUCUCGCCAAAGUAUCUCGACUAGUGUUCCCUCCAAGGGCUUUCUCCGCAGGCCCCAGGCUGUUGCCGCACCUCAAACAUCUGAUGGCAACCAGCUGACUUAUAUGGACGUUCUUCUUCGCGCAAGCAAUGACAAGACCUCCAACUCUACAUCCACCAACCCUCCAUCGUCUCGAGACCGAAUGCGUUCCGAGUCUACAAACAACCUCUCUACCGCUCCCCGCUCGACCCCCGACAGACCUUAUACUCCUGGAGCGGUGUACUGCAUGCAGGCACACUCCGACUCCUCUCAGGGCCGGAACAACGGCUCCCGCGACGCGUAUGAGGAGAGUGACGACGAAAUUAUCCAUCUCCCCAGUGUGGGUGCGCCGCCUCGUGUACAAAUCGAAGGCGUGGAUGAGAACAAUGUUCGCUACGUGAUUGAUUCCGCGACAGUCGGCGACGCACACAAAUUUAUGAGCUGGCCCCAACGCGUGCGGCGUUCCAACUCCUCCCAGCCCGCUUGCGAGAACAGCCUGUCUCCUCUGACUCGUGCAAGGAUGCAACUGCGAGGAGCCCACUCAGUCGAGACCUAUUAA